UUUUAGCUCGUGAGUCGUGCUCCUGUUCGCUUAAACGCGUUAUUUUUACACACAAAAAUCAAACUACAACCGCUGGGAGUUUUAUCAGACUACUGAUGAAAAGUUAAGUUUGAGAAAUGACUUCUGAGAUUCUGUCGCUGAUAAAUAUCCUCAUCAAACCGUUUGGCGAAGCUGCUGCUCAGUCCUCGCAGCAGGAGGCUCUUCGGGCCGCUCUGGGCUCCAACAAGUCCCGCCUCCAGCUGCAGCUUCAGAGCGACGGCAGCCUGGAGGAGGUGAGGAAGAGGAGGGAGGAGGUGAAGCUGGCGGCGGACUGGUUCUGUGAUGAGACAGAAGACGUCACGUGGAGCUUUGUCCAGGAGUGUCUUCUUCUUCUCCUCACCCUCACACGACACCUGACGGUGGAACUGGAGCGCUUCCAGCAGGCUCCGCCCCCCUCUGCAGGAAGACUUCACACCUCGGAGAUGGCUCCGCCUCUGCCUCCCGACGUCCUCAGCGUGUCUCAGCAGAAGACGCUUGCAGCGGCCCUCCAGUUUGUGGUUUCUCUUGGACUCUGUCCUUACCUGGCCCCGGGGGUGGGGGUGCCGCUGGGCCGCAGGUCAGCGUUCGGCGCCGUGGUGGAAACACUGGUCAACAAGGAGGCGUGGCCUCCAGUGGAACGCCGCCUCCUGAUCACGACUCGAGUCCUGCUGCAGCUGGCGGAGCUGUCGUCUGUGGCCAUGCUGGUGUUCACGAGACACCUGGGGGACGUGAUGGCGGCGCUGUGUCAGCUGGGCCACCAGCCGCACCGAGACGCCCACAGGCUCAGUUCUGAAGAGAGUCGGGCGUGUAAGGACGCCCUCAGGAACCUGCUGGGAAAGGUCUACCAACCAAUGGUCAUCAAGGAGCUGCUGAUCCUCCAGGGUGGACCCAAACAGGUGCAGCAGGUUGGACUUAAUGUGUGGAGCUGUUUAAUGCCAGAACCAGGAGGACCGUUUCAGACCAUAACUGAUCAGAACUUCUCCUCUGGUCUUUUAAAGUCCGGUCCACGUGGUUCCAGCAGCAGAGCAGGUCUGGGACCGGCUCCGGCCUGGCUCAGACGUCUGUGCGGUCAGCUGCUGUCGGAGUGCCUGAUGCAGCCGAACGGCGUGCAGGCGGUGGUCAGGGCCGUCCUGGAGGGAGGGGCAGGGGGCGACUCAGACUGGAGGAAGUGUGAGGCUGUGGGGAGGAUCCUGUCAGCCUGCCCCCAGCAGGCUGCUUCUGGUGACCAGUACUUUAAACUGGUCUGUCCUCAGGUCCUGCACCUCCUGCACCUGCAGGACAAACUCACAGCUCAGCAGUUCCAGCAGGUGGCCACCAGGGCGGUGCUCUCCAUGGUGCAGGAGAGGCCCGGCUUGGCCCGGCAGUACCUGCUGGACCCGCUACUGUCCCCGCUGCAGCGCUGCGUCCACUCUUCCUCCGCUGCUGUGGGGUCAGAGGUGGUUUUGGAGGAGUCUGAGCUGACUCGUUGUUUGGACGAUGUGUUCAAGAUCUGGGUGGUCGGAGCGUCUCCGUCAGUGACUCUCCUCACCGCUCUGGAAGAAGUUCUUCCUGUCGUCUUCACACUUUUCUGUUUCACCAAACGGAGCGUGUCCCACCUUCGCGCCCCCUGUCAGGAGGUCCUGCUGUGGUUCCUGAACCAUUCAGAGUCUUCUGCAGCUCUGUCCAUGCUGCAGCAGCUUUCAGGUCUGAAACAACGAAGAAACGACGUCGCAGACGACUUCCAGUUCUCUGCAGGAAGUGACGGAGGCGUCAGGCUCGUCCUCAGGCAGAGCUGCAGAGACGAGGACGAUCAGCUGUAUGAGAAGCUGUCAGCAGAGCAGUGGAGGCUGGAGUGUCUGAUGCAGCUGCUGGCUGAAGUCAAGGAGAGUGACCUGCCUGGAGAUUUCUUCCUGCAUCUGUUGAAGGACCUGACCACCUGGACGGCGGCUGCAGAUGAGGAGAUGAGGAGGGAUGAAGAGCAGAUGAACGUGGCAGCCGUGACGCUGCUGGAGGCGGAGCAUUGUCUGCUGGGCGGGGCUGAGAGGCGAGCUCAGAGGCUGGCUCUUCUUCAGGUGGUGGCUGUGAUGACAGAGUGUCUGCAGCACACUCAGCUGCUGAGGAAGACCUCACAGGUGGUGGACUUCAUGGUAUCCCUGCUGCAGAGAGCCUGCGUGGGUCUGGACGUGGCCUCUGGACCAGGUCUUGGAAACCCUGUGGAGACCCAGACUCUGAGCAUGGGGAUGGGUUUGGUAGCGACUCUGCUGUCUGGACCUCAGAUCAGGGCCGAGGAUUACUCCUGCAUGUCUGGACUGCUCCCUCCUCUGCAGACUCUGGCUCUGCAGCAUCCCGACCCGCUGGUCCAGGAGCUGGCAUCCAACCUCAGAGCCGUCAUCGCCACUCACGGCGCCUACCGGCCCCAAGACCUGGCUGCUGCCGGUGCUGGUCUGGGCUCCAGAGACCCUGGAGGCUCCUCGAAGUUACAGCGUGAGGGAAACAUCUCGCAGACUCCUGUCAGCACCAACAGCAGGCAUCCAGAACCCUGUCAGAGUCCCGGUCCACAAGGUGACCCUGAUUCCUCCAGUAAGAGUCUUUCUGAUUGGCUGUUAGAGGCGUGUGACCCAGAUGUGCCGACCAGAGCGUUCGCUAUGAGGAUCCUGACCCAGAAGGUGCAGCGUAAAGACCCCGAGGCCGUCCAGGCUCAGGAGAAAGUCCUGCUGCUCCUCCUGGAGAACCUGGAGCACGAAGAUCCGUUUGUUUACCUGUCCGCCAUCCAAGGUCUGGCGGUUCUGGCUGACUCCCACCCUGACCAGAUCCUGGAGAGGCUCCUGAGAGAUUUCCGACUCGGACCGUCCCUCCCUUCGUCCAACAAGCAGCGCUCGCUGGAGACCCGGCUGAAGGUGGGAGAGGUUCUGAUGCGGGCGAGCCGGGCCAUGGGAGAACUGGCGCCCCACCACGGCCGUCCUCUGCUCAGCGUCUUCCUGCAGGGAACCAAGGAUCCGGAUCAGAGUGUCCGAGCCAGCAGCUUGUCCAACCUGGGAGAGCUCUGUCAGAGACUGGACUUCGCUCUGGGCCCACUGACCCAGGAGCUGAGCUCCUGUCUGACAGCUCUGAUAAAAACAGAGCAGGAGGCUGAGGUGAGGAGAGCUGCUGUCCACGUUAUCACCCUGCUGCUCCGAGGACUCAGUGACAGAACCACACAGGUCCUCGAUGAGGUUCUGCUGGACCUGUACCGGGCCCUGAAGUGGGUGGUCCGCUCCGACCCGGACCAGGUGGCGGUUCUUCACGCUCAGCUGGCUCUGGAGGAGCUGGACGACAUCAUGAGGAGGUUUAUGUUCCCGCAGCAGAAGCUGGAGAAGAAGAUCGUCGUCCUGCCGUAGAUCUUUGGUUCUGCAGGUUCUCCUCCUGGCUUCUGCAGGUUCUCCUCCUGGCUUCUGCAGGUUCUCCUCCUGG